AUGCCUCCGAGACUAACUUCGCUUCCGGCCUUCAAGGCACCGAGCGCCUUCUUUUGUCGCACUGCGCGACCCUUCUCUUCGACCCCCGCUGCUAGCCAGGUUGAAAACCACGGUAGAGGAAUUCUCGAGCUCGACAAGCCGGCUACGCCGAGUCCCUCCGAUCGAAUCCGUGGCUUGAUCAGCAGACGGUCCACUCCUAGCGGCGAAGACUCCUCUGUCACUCGCAAGCGUAAUAUGCUCGACACCCUCAAGGGGAAGAAGAUUAGCGACGACUACCUCAAGCAGAUGUCACGACGUUGGAAGACUGGUGACGUUUAUGCGCCUCACGACCUGAGUCCUACCGAGAUGGACAAGUGGCGCAAAAUUCAGAAACCCAAAGCUGAUGUUAUCGAUAUGCUGGGCAUCAACCCGUUGGACCACUACCGAAACUUCUCUAUAAUCUCCGAGUUCAUGACACCGUUCGGACACAUCAAGCAUGCCAAGGAGACGGGGCUGCGGGCGGUCAACCACAGAAAAAUCAGCAAGGCCAUCCGCAGAGCGAUCGGUAUGGGUAUCCAUCCAAGUGUGCACCACCACCCCGAGCUGUUGAGGGCCAGGCGUAACAACAACGCGGGAUGGAGGUAA